UUUAGUUUACUCAACUCGACUACACGCAGCAAAUCUUUUGCAUAAAUUCCAACAAAAUUAUAGAGUAAAUUGAACAGAUUUCGGCAAUAGCUUAGUUUAGUAUCCAAAUUCACUUCAAAGAUGCAUAUGUGGUGUGAGCGCAUCUCAGCGACAUUAGGCGGCAUUUUGGUUGGCCUAUGGUAUGGCAAGACUUUCCCUGCAGAGCAGAAAAAGGCGGACGACUCCCAGAAAUCAAAAAAGAAGUAGAGCCCGAUCUGUUGGCGUUUUUGGCGAACUCUUGGCAUAGCUUGCGUGUAUCGAGGCAUAAUUAUUGAGAUCAAAAAUCAUUUUUGACCUAGGAACAAUUCAGCAAAAUCAAAACGAAAGUUUGGCUCUAAGACAUAUUAGAACUAUAAAUAUGAGUGUGUAAAGCUAACACACGCGGCGUGAGGCAAGGCAAGGCACAUUAAGUGACGGCUAAAGUUCCCAGAAAUAAUGGCUCGCUAGGAGAAACCAAAUAAAUUGUGCAGAAUCUUCGAAAUAGUGAAAAUAUAAAUGGGGUAACGUUUGGUCGGAUCACAUGGGCCGGGCAAAUAACAUCUGUCAAACAAUUUAUAUAUAUAUAGCUCGACGAGCUAACUUGGAUAUUCAGUUCUACCCUUCAAGAGUCGAAACAACAUUUAAACAUCAUUUAUCCAGUAUAAAUAAAUAUGCCAGAGAUGCGACGAUCUUCCUGUAGACCACAGCCAUCGUUGCUCUCCCGCUUGAAUUGUAA